AUGGCGCCCACCGGCUCCCGAGGGCACGCUGCGGUGAUAGCCUGGCUGGACUCCACGCUGGGCCACGGGGCGGGAGCGACGCGCGGCCCCUGCUCUCAGGAGGACGUGUCGGACUCGCUCGAAGGCGAUGCGUUCGCGGACGUCUCCGUAACGUACACGAACUUCAUGCACGGCGAGAUCGGCUCCACGGUCAAGUACAGGGCGGGCCCGGCACCGCUGGCGCCCCCGCGGCUCUACGGCGACCUCGGAGGGCCCAUUCCAGAGGCAGACGCGGGCAUUGCUGGGAGCAAGAAGGGCGCCUGGGUUGCAACGAUGUCCGGGCUGGCGAUGGUGGCCGCCGCGCUCGCCGGCGCCGCGGGCGUCGUCGUUCUGGGCCGUCGCCGCCUUCCCGCCACCGCGGGGCUCCUGGACACCGCACCAGAGUACGGGCUCGUGGCGGAGAGGGCCGCGGCCGCCUGCCCCAACAGCGGCACGGCCUCGCGGCGGGGCUGGGGCCUCGAGCCGGGGCUGGCCCAGGAAGCGGGGCAGGAGUCCUCAGAGCUCUUCCAGUUGCGCUGGGACGGCUCGAUCUUCUCGACGGACGUCCUGGAGGAGCUCAAUGAGCAGGAACGCGGCAGCUUCGCCAGCCCCCGCAAGGAGCUCCUGGCGGCGAAAGACCUCCUGCAGUCCCAUUCGGGAAAGGUCCGCGAGAAGCUCGCCGCUGCGCGGCGUCUCGCCGCCACCAGCCGCCAGCGCUUGGCCAAGAAGCGCAAGGGCGGCGACGGCGACGCCAAAGACCCCGCGCAGGCUGUUCGUGUUGCCCCAGCAGCCCCAGCCGAGAAGGCAGAUGACCCCCCGCUGGCUGCUGCUGCCGCCAAGCUGAGCCAGGCCAAGUUCAAGGCGGCCGAGCAGGCGACCGCAGCUACGGCAGCUCGCGGUGCCUCAGGCUCGGCUGGCCCAGGCGCGGCGCCGCCCGACGCCGAGGACCGCGACCUGGGAUCGUCGGCGACGCCCCCGCUGCUCGAGCUGCGGCUGCUGAACGUCGCCGCGCCGCCGCUGAGUGACGCCGCGUGGUACAGGAUGUCGUUGCACGAGCUGCUGCGCGGCGUCCAGGCCCCCGGCAAGGCGGAGAACGCCGCCGACGCCGACGGCGCCGCGGAGGCGGACAAGGCCGUCGAGGCCGCCUGCCGCGGCAUCGCGGGAGCUGUCGGUGGCGGCGAGCCAGAUGGCCCCAAGGUGGUCGCGCCCAGGCUGCGCACGGAGCCCUUCACGGCGGCGAUAACUGGCGCCGCCAGCCAACGUCCAUUGGAGCCGCUGGGCAUCCGAAGCGAGGCGCUCCUGGCCGCCACUGCGCAGCGCCCCACCAGGUUUGGGGAGAGGCCGGCCAAAGGCCCCGGACUCGCGCGCGGCCUGGUGCAGGCGGCGAAGGACCGGCUGAGCCAGCUGGGGGGCCUCUCGAUGCCGCAGGUGGUCCUGGAGCUGCCCCUCGAGGAGCAGGCUCUCGACUCCGGCGGCGUGGCCGGGCCCAUCGCCCUGAGGAACGGAGACUACUCUGGCUGGACCCUCCCCAUGCAGGACCGCCACACGAGAAGUUUCGUGUCGCACAAGGUGGGGGCCUUUGACCGACAGACCCUGAAGCUGUGGUUCGGCCAGCUGUGCAGCCUCAAGUGGAACAGGCCCGUCAUCAACGGCAGGCUGCUGCCCCGCAGCGCCGCGUGGAUGACGCAGCAGGGCUGCGCCUGCACGUACAGGUACAGCGGGACGUCCUGGCCAGCCCAGCAGAUGGAUCCGUGGUUCCUGGAGAUCACCAAGCGCGUGUGCGCCGAGUGCGGCAUCACCGACAUCCCGAAUUGCUGCAACGUCAACUUGUACGAGGACGGCAAGCAGACGGUGGGGUGGCACUCGGACGACGAGCCCCUGUUCGACUCCCUGACCCAAGACACCCUCAUCAUAUCGCUGUCGCUGGGCGCACAGCGCACCUUCCUGAUCAGGCCCAACGCGGACCAGUCGCAGGUGACCAAGGUCGUGCUCGCGGACGGCGACAUCAUGACCAUGGAGGGGCUGACGCAGAAGCACUACAAGCACAGCGUCAUGCCCGAGUCGAACGUCUUAUCCCCGCGCAUCAACCUCACGUGGCGGUGGGUCCGGAGGCACGAGGCCGCGUGCCCGAUGCGGGCCAAGACGGCGCCAGGUCUCGCCAGGCCGUCCAUGAGGACGUACGCCAUGGACCCGCUGAAGGCCACCGUGAGCCAGUUCUCCCAGCGCCUCUCCGCGAAGCUGGGGACCGCGAGGGGGAGCUUUAUGAGCAGGGCGGCCGCCGGGCUGACCGCCAAGAAGCCGCCGCUGGCGAACCCCACGGCGCGGGCGGCGGGGAACGACGCCCGCACGCAGCGCAGGCCCGCCACAGGCAACCGGGAGCCCAGCCGGCGCCGCGGCGCGGCGGCGCGCAGCGGCUCCCGCAGGCAGAGGCACCGGAGCCGCCCCGCGCCGCGCAGGCGGCGAGACGCCAGCGCAGACGUCGGGCGCAAGAAGGGUGAACGGGACAAGCGUUCUGCAUCUAGGCAGCGGCGCGGAGAACGCUUACCCAGGGCCAGCGGCCGCGGCAACCUGCGGCCGCUGCGCAGCGGCCGCGGGGAGGACGCCGCCACGUCGGCCCUCAGGCGGGGCGACCGGCGGGAGGUGGACGACGAGAAAGAGGCGCGGAGGCGGCGCGGCGGCGCGGGCAGCGACCGGGAGGAACAGGCGAAGAAGCCGCGGGUCGAGCGGUCGGACUGCGACAGGGAGAGGCGCGCGCCGCGGGCCUCGCCAGGCCGGAGGGGCGACGAGGCGAGGGCGUCGCCGCCGCCGUCGCGGGGGCCGGACGGCAAGCCAGGCGCGGGUGGUGACUUCGAGGCCCGCAUUGCCGCCGGGGUCCAGAACGCGGUGAAUCAGGAGCUCUCCCGGCAGGCGAGAAGCCGGCGCAGCGGGAGCCCGACGAAGCGCGGCGGCGCCAGGCACCUGGCUGGGAGAAGCAGGAGCCGCCGCGACAGGCCAGGCGGCCGAGGCGCAGCCAGCAGACAGCCAGCAGCCAGUGGCGCCGCGGAGCGGCGCGAACCGACGCCGCCACCAUGUCGCGGGGUCAACGCCAGGAAGGACAUGCCAAGAAGGCGGCGUGACGACAAGCAACCUCGGCAAGAUCGGUCUUCACCUGGACGCGGGCACAAGGGGCUGAUGUGCAAGGGAUUACGCUGCACACGUCGGGGGUCAUGA